ACACGUACAACCACCCUUUUCUUUUCCAUUGCACUUUUGGGUUCAUCCAGCAGCUUUUGAUCUUACAGAAAUGGCCAACCAGCAGUUAAAGUCUGUUGCUGGCCUGCUUUUGCUUCUCAAUUUCUGCAUGUAUGUCAUUGUGUUGGGCAUUGGAGGCUGGGCCAUGAACAGAGCUAUUGACCAUGGUUUCAUUAUUGGUCCUGGUUUUGAUCUCCCAGCACAUUUCUCACCCAUAUACUUCCCAAUGGGAAAUGCUGCAACCGGGUUCUUUGUAACAUUCGCUUUGAUUGCCGGAGUUGUUGGUGCUGCUUCAGCCAUUUCCGGAAUCAACCAUAUUCGAUCUUGGACAGCUGAUAGCUUGCCAUCUGCAGCCGCAGCUGCUACCGUUGCCUGGACCCUCACCCUCCUUGCCAUGGGCUUUGCUUGCAAGGAGAUUGAGCUUCGUAUCAGAAAUGCCCGUCUGAGAACACUGGAGGCAUUCUUGAUCAUCCUUUCAGCUACGCAGCUUCUGUAUAUAGCAGCCAUUCAUAGUGUUGUAUCAAGGAGAUGAAGUUGGAAAAGUUGAAUGACUUUUGUGUUUGUGUGCUGUCUCUGUGCGUGUAUUGUUUUGUUUAAUUUUCUUUUCUUUUCACCCUCAUCCUACCCUUUUUUUCCUUUGUAUAAACCUGCCCAUGGUUUCGGUGUCAAUAGUGUGCUAUGAUUUGAUUGAUUUGUAUUCGAAUUAUAUAGCAAUAAUAAAUAGUACUAAAAAUAAAAUUU